UAAAAGUCACCAUAUAUGCUGUAAAAAAUCCAACCGGAAAUACAACAGAUCUUAAUGAGAAAUUAUCGCAUAUCAAAGACUACAUGACGCGAGACGAUAUUCUGAAAGUUCUCCUCGAUGAGGAUGGAAAUCCAAGUCCAAACCUGACAAAUGACAAGGAGUUAGAGGUGUUUAACAUUCGCACAGUGAAGGCCACUAAACCCACCAUACCAUCAACAAUACCUUUCUUCAAGACAACUGUUGGUAUCGUUAGUCUAGUGUUUGGAUGUUUAAUGGUGUUGGUGGCGAUUGCUUCUGUUGUAUUUUGGAAGAAGCGGGCAAAGAAAAGAAUACGAAGACUGGAAUCUCGAGAACCUAAUUUAAGGCCGAAUAGAGGCCUCACAAACAGAGAAGUUGCUUUAUACAAAGGCAAGGAUAAGCGAAACAAAAUGGUCUCACCUAUCAUGGCGGAAAACCAAGAAAUUGUUGUUCACAAUGGAAGGCGAUUCGAUGGAAGAGCUGUGGAUCCAGUGACUGGGAAAGUUUACCUUUUCAAUAAAACAACUGGUGAGCGCAUGUGGCUCGAAGACUUGCGCGAGGGAAGGAAUGGUCCCCAGUCCCUUUAUGGUCACCGUCAAGCGCAUUCGAGGUACGGUGAUCGUCAGCACCACAGAGUGCAGGACUUACCACCACCCCGAGCGUCAAUAGAGAAAAUACACGAAUAUGACCACAGAGGCAAUCAUCUCCAGUUACCAGGAACACCCGAGGGGCAUUCAUAGCGGACUGUGUAUGAGCUUGGAUGACAAAAAGUCAAAUGUUUUGACGUGUUAAGUGCACCACUGAACCUCUGAAUUUAAAUAAU